AUGUUUUUAAUCUGGGAACAACUGGAAUUGGUCAGGCACAGAGUCGAGGUCCAAGUCAAUGAAGAGAGUCAGAAGCAGAAGACUGUGCAAUCCUCUGGAAACAAUGGAAGAUCCCCGAACUCCAACCAACUCUGCACACGUUUGGUUGCGCAACCGGUCGAAAGACGAAGCUGUGAGGAACUUGUUGGCACUGAUGACCAGUGUGGCCAAUUUGACAGAGUCUGUGACUUUGUUAAAGUUGUAGGUAUUAAACACGCUCAGUUGCAUGGUUUCAAAGAUAUUCGUGAGGAUAACCACCCAGAAUCUGGAACAGUAAAACUGCAGCGAAGGUGA